UUGCACAAACGCCCAUAAGUAAGGCGUCGAGCACAUUCCCCCAUGGCUUCUUUGGUUUCCUCUCCGCACAUCUCCAUUUCCCCCAAUAUUCCCAAAAUCACCAUCCAUUGUUGUCCCAUUUGAAAUCUCCAGCGAUGUCAGAAAUCACCCCGGUCACAGAGUGGCCGGACUACAGCGUCGACCCUCAAGGCGGCAACCCGAUCACUCAGGACCUCAACGCUCCAUAUGACAAGGGCGAUCUAUGCUGGGUCCUCGUGUGUACAAUCCUCUGCUGGCAAAUCACCCCAGCCAUCGGCUAUCUGUACGCCGGCAUGCAUCGACGCAAGGCGGCGUUGACCAUGAUCUUCCAAUCUCUCUUCUGCGCCUGCGCCUGCGGCAUCCAAUUUUGGAUCUACGGCUACUCGCUGUACCAGUCACGCGCGACGAACCCGAUGCUCGGCAACCUGAGUCUGGCCGGCUUGCACAACGUCCUGGCGGCGCCGUCGCUCGCCAACUCCGACAUUCCGGACAUCCUGUACGCAGCCUAUGGUUUCACAUUUGUCACCGCGACGGCGAUGAUCUUAGCGGGUGCCAUGCUCGAGCGAGGACGUCUGUGGCCCAGUAUGCUCUUUCUAUUGUGCUGGACGACGUUCGUGUACUACGUGCUCGCAUACUUUGAGUGGAAUCCCAACGGCUGGCUGUACCAGCUGGGCGUGUAUGAUUUCGCGGGCUCCGGCCCCGUGCAUAUUGCCACCGGGUUCAGCGCGUUGGCGUGGAGUCUCAUGUUGGGUCCGAGGAUUAGCGACCAUUCUGCCGGAGAAAGGGCCAAGAUUGUGCAGCAUUUCAAACCCCAUAAUCCGUUUCUCGUUGGCAUCGGGACUUGCUUCAUCUGGUUUGGAUGGUUUGCUUUCAACGGAGCCAGCACAGCGAACCUGUCGAUUCGCUCGAUCUAUGUUGUCGUCAACACCAACCUUGCAGCGUGCGGGGGCGGGAUCGGCUGGACACUCCUCGAGUACCUGUACACGCAGAAAUUCAGCAUCAUUGGCUUCUGUUCAGGCAUCAUCUCGGGCCUUGUGGGCAUCACACCUGCUGCCGGCUUCGUCCCCGUUUACGUGGCCGCGCUAGUCGGCUUCCUUACGUCGUGCUGCUCCUUCUUCGCGAACAAGUACAAAUACCUGAUCUCAAUCGAUGAGGGGCUGGAUAUCUUCGCGAUCCACGGUGUGGGCGGCUUCGUGGGAGACAUACUCACGGGGUUUUUCGCUGCGAGUUGGGUGCCGGCGCUCGACGGCCUCAGCGGGGACAGCUACGCCGGAGGGUGGUGGGAGCAUAAUUGGAAGCAAAUGGGCUAUCAGCUCGCGGCGGCGACGACGUGCGCGGCCUGGAGUUUCGUGGUCAGUUGUAUCUUGCUGUUCGUGAUCAACAAGAUCCCCGGCUGCCAUCUGCGCGUCAAGGAGGAGGAUGAGCUUCGGGGUCUGGAUUUCAAGUACCUUAGUGAUGCGCAUUGGGACGGUGGCGAAAGCACAACGGGCGUGGCGACGAAUAUGAGUUUGCAUCAGGGUGUGCCGUUCAGUGGAUCGGGACCGGGCAGUGAGAGUGGGAACGGGAGUGAAGGGACGGAGAGAGUUGGCGGGGAGGGUGUCGGGCCGGUCAAGAGGGAGUAGUCAGGAGUGAGAUCAGCCGCAGCAAAUUCUUUCCGAGAGAAACAGAAAGGAACACGAGAUGCGUCCUGUGUCC